UUGCGUUUUUGUUGUUGCUUUACUCAAGUUUCUUUGUGCAAACCCGAACGGACAUUGUUAUAGCUGAAAAUAGCAGACUUUUGUGUGAUUAAAUUCUCCUAUUUGCAGUGCGCAGUCAGUGUGUUUCCCGGAACACGAGUGUUUUGCUGCGUGGAGCGAAGCGCCGCACUGUGCAGCUGCAGCAACACAUUUACUGCAUUGUUUUCGUUUACAAACGACGAUACAGAAGGAGAAUAAAUAAAUUUUAAAAAAAAAAGAAAAAAAAAACUUUUUUUUUUUUUUUUUUUUUGCCAGUAAUUCGCUGCCCGGACUGCGCCAGCUUGUUUACCUCAGCAAUUCCCGCGAACUGGCUGACGGAGUGCCUCUUAACUUAGCAAAGUUGAACCAGACGCUUCACUGACUACGGCACGGACCGAACACAACUGCAUCUUUUUCUUCGUCUUUUUUUUGCUUUUUGUGUGAGAUAACAUCGUCGCCACUUUUUGGCUAGCGAACAUUUUAAACUUAAUUAAUUUGCCUUGGCGCGCGGGCGGCGGGCUGCCUCGUUAGCCACCGUUAGCCUUUUGUUUCCGCGCCGCGAAGAGAGGCGGCUGUUGCUGGGGAAGUGCUUCAUUGUGGAACUCGCGUUUUUGUUUUUGUCGUCGUUGUCGUUGUCGCUGCUUAUACUGUGAAAGGUUUUGGGUCAUGUCGCUGCACGGGAAGCGAAAGGAGAUCUAUAAAUACGAGGCGCCGUGGACGGUGUACGCCAUGAACUGGACGGUCCGGCCGGACAAGCGCUUCCGCCUCGCGCUCGGCAGCUUCGUGGAGGAGUACAACAACAAGGUGCAACUAGUGGGCCUGGAGGAGGAGAGCUCGGAGUUUGUGUGCAGGAACACAUUCGAUCACCCGUACCCCACCACGAAGAUUAUGUGGAUCCCCGAUACCAAGGGAGUGUAUCCCGACUUGCUGGCCACCAGUGGUGACUACCUGCGCAUCUGGAGGGUCAGUGACACAGAGACCCGUCUAGAGUGCCUGCUCAACAACAACAAGAACUCUGAUUUCUGCGCACCCCUCACCUCCUUUGAUUGGAACGAGGUGGAUCCCAACCUUCUGGGCACUUCAAGCAUUGACACCACCUGCACCAUCUGGGGGCUGGAGACAGGCCAAGUGUUGGGCCGCGUUAACCUCGUGUCUGGUCAUGUGAAGACCCAGCUCAUUGCGCAUGACAAGGAGGUCUAUGACAUUGCGUUCAGCAGGGCUGGGGGGGGCCGAGACAUGUUUGCGUCCGUCGGGGCGGACGGCUCAGUGCGCAUGUUUGAUCUGAGGCACCUUGAGCACAGCACAAUUAUCUACGAGGACCCCCAGCACCACCCCCUCCUGCGUCUCUGCUGGAACAAGCAGGACCCCAACUACCUGGCCACAAUGGCCAUGGACGGCAUGGAGGUGGUUAUCUUGGAUGUGCGCGUCCCCUGCACACCCGUGGCCCGACUCAACAACCAUCGCGCUUGUGUCAACGGCAUCGCCUGGGCGCCACACUCAUCCUGCCACAUUUGCACCGCUGCGGAUGACCACCAGGCCUUGAUCUGGGACAUCCAGCAGAUGCCGAGAGCGAUCGAGGAUCCCAUCCUGGCCUACACCGCCGAAGGGGAGAUUAACAACGUGCAGUGGGCCUCCACACAGCCAGACUGGAUCGCUAUCUGCUACAACAACUGUUUGGAAAUCCUCAGGGUUUAGUUGCCAAAAUGGUUCAUGGGAAGGUGGGAGCACCGCUGUUCGGUGGAAGUGUCGGAGGAGAACAGAUGGAGCAGCUACAGAAUAUGCUGGGCUUUCAGUACAGCUAUGGCAGGUUGUUCCUCUGUCGCACGGUAUGUUCUGGAACGCACUCAUUGCAUUUUAAUAUUGGUUUUGCGCGUAUUGAAAUGUUUCAUUAUUAUUGUAAAUAUUCAUGUUUCUAUUUAAUAUUUCUGUGUUUAAAGUGUGUAUGUGUCACGUUGGGUAUCUCAUGUUGAGUUUGGGCCUUGAAGACCGCCUGUUCCGUUCGACGGUCUUUGCUGUUGAAGUCUGCAGUCUCUGUGAAACAAUGGUGUGCAGCGUUCCUCGAGAGCCAGUCACUCCCCUAAUUUUUCAAGUAAUAACUAUGCAGAACAGUGCUGUGCUGCUGCGGGACUCCUUACUGCUCUCUUUUGGAGGGCUGAAACAUUCGCCUUGUUCGCUUCAGUAUUAUGGCUGCAGAAGAGUCCGCAGUGACCUUAGGAGCCGGCCCCUUUGGCAGGAACAGCGAAUCUCUAGCAGUAGCAGGAGUCGUAAUUUUUCCAAAUCAGUCCAGUGAAAUGACUUAUGAAGCAUAAUUGGCAGCGUUGUACCUUUUCACACUGGACUGUACAUAUCGAAGCAGCCGGAAAGUCAGUUAAGUCAACAUGUAGCCGCCACACGCACCAAGUUUGAAUGUUCGACGACACAUUCGGCCGAGUUGCCAUACAAGCCGUAGAUCCACAUGUUGUCAAUUUUAAUCUAUAAUCGUUUACUUUUUCAUAGGAAAGGGGUUCCUUGUACUGCCAGUGGCGAUAUCGUGUAUUUUCAUUUUAACUAUGCCCUUAAGACAAAUUUCUGUGGUAGAAAAAUAAGUUCUCUGUUCUUUAGGAGCCAAAGUUCAUAUAGAAAGUGUUUGUUUAAUUUUUGUAACUGAAAACCUGUUUAUGACAUUAAUUGCGCUUAUUCCCACCAUGACUGUGGGAAGAAACCAGACAGUGGAAGGGUAACCAGUUGGGUGUCCGAACUGAGCAGCAACUACUGAACUUGUCCAAUAUGUAAUGGGUCCUACACAAGAAUGGGUUCAAAAGUAGUUGAGGUAGCUUGUGGUGGAGCUCCAACACAUUACACAUUACAACACACUUGUGUCUUUUUUCAGUGCUGAGAGUGUUUAGUGUCCAUCUGGUUUUAUUGUAAAACACAUUGGUUUCUUUGGUUUUGGUUUCCUUGAUGAUCCCAGACUGUUUAACAUGCUCUGUGUAUCGG